AAAAAAGUGGAAGAAAAUCGAGGCAGUGCCGCGGGUAGGACUAGGAGGCCUGCCAAAGGAGCGGUUCGACCCGCUCCUAAAUCAGCCCAUGGAGGCAUGGAGCAAAGCAGGCCGACCCUACAGGGCAGGAGAGGGGCAAUGGGCCAUCACAGGGUGGUAGGUGGCCUGUUUCAACGGCCAUGGUACAUGGACAUGGCAGGUGGUUUCCCCGCUUCAGAGAAACAGCUCGCCGCUUGAAAACGAAGCCUCGCGCCGCAGCCGCCGCCGGAUGCGUACUAUUUGCUCCGCGGUGAAGAGGAGGCUCAGACGGUGCCUUCCUCUUGGCUCCCCAGCGACUGCUCCUCGCCGCGGAUGCAGCAGCUACGGCCCGCGCGAGGCCGUCGCGCUCCUCCUCCGGCUGCAGUCCGCCCCCGCCCUCACGGAGGUACGGAGACUCCACGCUGCGCUGCUGGUGCGAGGCUACCAUAGAAGCACCGUCCUCGCCGCGCAGCUGGUACGCGCGUACGCCAGGAUGCGGGAUGGUGGGCUCGGGCACGCGGUGCGUGUGUUCGAUGGAAUGCCUACGAGGAACUCCUUCGCGUGGAACGCUGUGAUCAAGGGCCUUGUCGACGCUGGCAGGUUCUCGGAGGCGCUGCGGUGGUACUGGGACAUGGUCCGUGACGGCUCGGUCGUUGCUGAUCGUUUCACGUACCCGCCUGUUCUGAAAGCGUGUGCGGCGCUUGGCGAGGUUGAGCAGGGGAGAAAGGUUCAAGAGAACGUGGAGACGGACAUUGCCCGGGGCAUUGCAAAGGGCAACGUGUUUGUGCAGUGCGCGCUUGUGGACAUGUUUGCCAAGUGUGGGUGCUUAGGUGAGGCGAGGAAUAUGUUUGAGAGCAUGGGAGUGAGGGACUUGGCUUCGUGGACUGCGAUGAUUGGAGGAGCCGUCCGCGGAGGAGACUGGCUUGAGGUGAUGACGUUGCUUAAGCGCAUGAAGUCAGAAGGGUUUCGGCCUGAUUCAAUGAUUUUUGCUACUGUUAUUCCAGCAUGUGGUAAGGUGAAAGAGCUGAGGACUGGAAUGGCAUUGCAUGGAUAUGCAGUAAAAUGCGGAGUAGGUGAUGAUAUCUGUGUUCCUAAUGCUUUGGUUGAUAUGUAUUGCAAAUGUGCUAGGCUGGAUAUGGCUGCUUCUCUGUUUUGGUCUAUCGAUCACAAGGAUGUGUUCUCUUGGAGUACCAUAAUUGCAGGGCAUUCACAGAAUAGAAUAUAUAAUGUGAGUGUCAGUUUGUUUACUGAAAUGGUUGCUUCAGGCAUAAAACCAAAUUCUACUACCAUAGCAAGCAUACUUCCUAGCAUUUCAGAGCUGAGGUUACUGAGGUAUGGAAAAGAAAUUCAUUGCUUCUCCUUAAGAAAUAGAUUGGAGCACAGUGAGUUUCUAGCUAGUGCACUCAUCGACUUCUACUGUAGACAAGGAUACAUUAGGGACGCACAAAUUGUUUUUGAAUUCAAGCCGAAGAAUGAUUUGGUCGUUUUGAAUUCAAUGAUCAGAGGAUAUGUCGUGAAUAAGGAUUCAGAGUCUGCAUUACGUCUAUUAAGGGCACUGCUGAAAGAGGGACUCAGACCUGAUCAUGUGACUGUUGUUUCAGUUCUUCCUCUAUGCAAUCAACCCUCGAGGCUCCUCCAGGGUAAGGAGCUACAUGCUUAUGCCAUCAGACAUAACAUAAGUUCGUGUUUCUCAGUUACUAACGCACUUACAGAUAUGUACUGCAAGUGUGGUUGCCUAGAAAUAGCCAACAAGAUUUUUCUGCUGAUGACAGAGCGAAAUACUGUUACAUAUAACACUCUGAUUUCUUCUCUGGGAAAGCAUGGCCAUGCAGAUCAAGCAUUCAUUCUUUUUGACCUAAUGAAGAGGGAUGGAGUUUCUCCAGAUAAAGUGACUUUUGUAGCUCUGUUAUCAUGUUGUAGCCAUGGAGGCCUUAUUGACAAGGGCUUAUGCUUCUAUGAUUCCAUGUUGCGGGACUAUAAUAUUCCUCCUGACAAGGAGCACUAUUCAUGUAUUGUUGACCUCUACAGUAGAUCUGGGAAGCUUGAUGAUGCUUGGAGUUUUAUUGCUAAUUUACAAGAAGUGCCAGAAAUAGAUGUUCUUGGGUGCCUAUUGUCAGCAUGCAGAGAUCACCAUAGAAUGGACAUUGCUGAGCUUGUUGCAGAAAGAAUAUUUGAGCAAAACCCCAAUGAUCCUGGUUAUCACAUUCUGUUAUCUAACGUCUAUGCCAGUGCUGGAAUGUGGUCUGAGGUGACUAGGAUAAGAACUAUGAUAGAAGAGAGGAGCUUGAAGAAGAGAACAGGAAAUAGCUUGAUUUAAGAUCAUGGCGUGUCGCUUGUGGUUCUUUGACUCCCUGUACAUAUCAAAUUCAUUUUGCACAAAAGAAAAACAUCAUUUGCUUGUGGUUGUAUGGAACAAUUAACUAGAUAGGAAAUCCAAAAAUGUCUGACUGUCAUAUUUAACGGGAAGAUACAUAACUCAGCGAAAUCAUGAACGGUCACUUCAUAACAUGUCUUGGAUACAUAAGGCAAGACGGAGUGUAAAACUGCUGAUGUGAAGGAUAGUGACUAACUUAUCUAACUACUGAGAAUUAGUGAUAAACCUGGGAGAGAGAAUGCAAGGAGACAGCUACUACUCUGCUACUGCAUCAAAACACUGUUCAGAUAUUUUCUUUUCUAGAGGAAUACAUUUCCAUAUUUGCGGGCAUAAGCAGACAGUAUACCCUGUUCUGAAGUCCUUUUUUUGCUAGCUACACUUGUGAAGAAAAGUAAGCAAGUGGGUGCACAUCAACGCUCAAGUCUUUCUAUGGUUUGGAAGAAGUUUGGAUUUUGCGAGGGAAAAAUGGAUUUUCCAGUUAUGCACUGUUUCAAAAAUUUUAUUCACCAUGAGUCUUGGACUUAUUCUCCUAGGCAGGUAGUUAGACCACACAUAUCAGUGCACUGUUUCUCCAGACUGGGUUUCAGCACGACAAAGCUUUUGCUUACUCAUGAAUUAGCUCACCUGUUGCUAUCAUAUACAACGAUGGUGUCUCCAUCAAUGGAUGCCAAAAGCAGAACCAGCACCACAAGUAGAAUCGGUAAAGCACCCGGAUUUCACUGAUGAUGCAUCAUAAUGCAAUGCAAAAGGGCAGUAAUCAAUGAGGGUGCUGGGCCAAUGCAGAGGGGGUGGGCAGUGGGCUCACCACAUGUCUUCAUCAGAUAGUUGAUUCCCCGCUUGUCCUACUGAGCGUUGCUGCUAUCCGAAGUUUGUGCAGAGGAUUGAGUUGAACCACAUGGCCUAUAUUAUUACAGCGUUUGUUCAAUUCCGGUGUCCCAGAAUCUAUCAGGUUAACUUGCAAGCUUCAAGACAACAGGGAACGGGCAUCCUUAUCGGAUCCAGAUCAGAUCUAUUCUCCAACUUCUUAUCGAAGUUCCGAUGGCCGGUGCGAUGUAGUUUGGGGUUUGGACCAUCUGCCAUCCUGCAACGGUGAUGGGCGGUGGGUGCCGACAUGUCCACAGGACAUCCCGCCCGUUGAAUUGUCUGCAAGGAGUAUGCAUUAUGACACAGUAGCUAGCUAGUGACUUUAUUAUAUUAUAUGUUGAUGUGAUGCCUAACUGUCUCACAUUUAUAGCUGAAUGGACGAGCGGAUUUGGCAUGACUUAUGUAUUUACGCGGCAGUGGUUAGUAGUGUAUAGCUUUACCUCUGUUCCCCCAUCCUGUUUUGGAAACUUUUAUCCGUGCCUGUUCUGAAACGAUCAGCCGGGCUUUCCUGGUGAGCUAGCUGUUGCCGA